AUGCCGUUAGAGCUGGCCCAGAUCCUAUGUACCAGGGAUGUACAGUGUACACUGUUUGCGUAUGAUCGCGUAGAAGCAAUUUGUUUGCGCUUCAACGAAUAUCCCCGAUGCUCUGCAAAUCCGCGGCAGCCCCAUCAGCACCCGAAAUUCAUUAUUGUAUUCAUUAUUAUACGCACAGGGGUGCUAUACUGCUGUGGAGAACAGCACUCGAAGCUUUUAGUAGGGUUAUCGUUUUUUACGUUAUCCACAUUUAACAGCGAACUGAGUAAAAUUUUGAUAACAAGACACGACUAA